AACCACAAAGUCGUGGUUAAACUGUCCAACAUUGCACCAUUAAUGCUGUUAGGUGUUCAACCAUGUAAUGUAAUUGCUACAAACCUAGACGAGAACAGUUCAUCAAAGUUUGGAAGAAAUGUGGAUGCUGUAUCUAUCGCAGUUAUUGAUUGCAGUAUAUUAUUGGCUGGGUUUAUAUUCAAAAUAUAACUUACCUAUCGUACUCGAUUUAAGACUUUGCUCGACAGCAUCGUAAUGAGCAGCAAAUUUGUUUGAAAUGCUGCCAACCUUCAUUUCUUCUUCUAUUUUUCUCAUUUUCACUUCAAUCUCUUCCAGUUCUUUUUGGCGUUUCCUUAUGAGAUUUGCUGCUCGGCCUCCCUCCGAGGCCGCGCCCUUAUAAUGAGCCAUAUUAUGCUGAAAUACACAAACUAGUGAAGUUUUAAAGAUGAAACAGCUGAUUGACCGGAAGCAGAAUAAAGUAGCAGACUUUCAGGCAUUACGCAUGCCCGUUGCGCUUAGAAACAAAAUGGCGCUUAUGACGCGUUUGAAAUCCUCAGAAGCUAGUACAAACGAUAUCACGUCACAUUUGAGAUCUUUACAGUUUGAAAGUGUACUUACAGAAGAAGAAAAACAAUUGUUGCAUUUAAGAGCAAAAUCACAUGCUCUUUCUGUUUAUCAGUGUGCUCAAGCAACUUAUUUUUCUAAUGUUUUGCAUCAACUCAGGGAGUUAAAAAGUCAACUAAAAAAUCCCAGUGUCAAAAGAACUACCAGAAUCUUGCAAAAUGACAGAUCUAAUAAAGACCCUUUGCUUGUUGGAAUCUUGGGAUGUGGUCGCCUUGGGAGUCAGAUAGUACAAUGUUUGCUAACUUACGGAAAAAUCAGUCCCGCAAACAUUCAGAUUUCCACACGAAGACCAGAAAUACUUGAUCACUUUCAGCAACAAGGUGUUGAUUGUUAUUGUGAUAACAUCAAGCUUGUCAGUUCAGUCCAUGUUAUCUUUUUCUGUGUUCUUCCAUCUCAGCUGACAGCUGUAGCUGAGGAAGUAAAAAGUCAUAUACAACCAUCUACUAUUGCAUUUGUUUUUACAAGCGGCAUUUCACUCAGGAGACUGAAACAAAUGUUAAACACAUCCAGCAUUCUAAGUCCAGAGUUCACCUUCCCAGAGAGAAAUCAUGAUAAAGAUUGGAACUACCACACCAGCAUCAGUAUGGCACUUGAAAAUAAAUCCAUCGUUGAAAAGACAUGUCCUAUCAGUAAUACAGAUCAGUUAGUGCAAGUAAAUCCAAACCUUGCAGUGGCCAUGGUGUAUGCCUUUGUCAACAUGUGUUCUGAACAAGGUCUAACAAAGCAGGAGACUUUGCAGGCUGUACACAUGACAGUAUUUGGAGAGAACGAACAGAGCCCAUCAGAAGACAAGCUGACAGUAACAGAUUUCGGAGGAAGAGGCAAUAUGUCUGAGUGCUUUCCCUACUUUGACCUUAUUGAGAUUUAUGAAAAUGAAUCUUAUGUAAUGCAAAAACUACAGAAGAGCAAGCAUCUUCAACAGACAUUCAUCAAGCAAUAUUGGCGUGUCUUUGAAGAAUACUUACAUGCACAAUUUUAUGGACAUUUAGAAUAAAUCAUUUUCUCAGCAUCGGGCUAGAUCUUUGAAAUUAUAAUUCCUUUCAAAAUUUACAACAUUUGUAUAGAGUAAUGCUGUCUUGUUUGUGGUGCGUGUUAAAAAUUAAUGUGAUCAGAUCAUGGAUUGAUCGCUUCUUGAAAACAAAUCUGUGGUUUUUAUAUUGCCCUAUGCAUAGAUGACAUAAAUGAUCUGAAUAAAUGUGAGUUGUUUUGAUCAAUUUAGCAAAUGUGGGCAUUGAGUGAACUUACUAAGACACAUGAAGAAGAGUUUGAAUAUCAGGAUUAUAGUUGCUCAAUAAACUAUACUAUGUAGACUAUUCCUGUAAAGUGUGUUUUUAUGCAUUUGCUUUAGUAUAUAUUUGUACAUAAUAUAUUUGAAAAAUUCUUUUUUUUUCACCGGUAAAUAAAUUUCUGUAUAUCUGUUCUUGUUCUUGAGCGAUAAGAGCAUAUGCUCCUUGAGUGUGAGUAUAUGCUUUACAAAUUUUGCGUUUAUUAUUAUUAAUUAUUAUUAAUUAAUAUUAUAUAUUUAUGAGCUUUCAUGUGCAUUCACAGUUGUUCGUGAGGAGCUAUUGGGUUUGCUUGCAUGAAAAACUAUGCUUGAGCUAAAUAAAAAUAAAAUUUUAUAUUUCAUGGA